AUGCGCUUAUUCUCGUUCUUUCACAAGCACGUUACGAUUAGCGGGUACCCUUUCAUUGGCAGAACAACCAAUCGCUGCGCCACACAUGUCCUAAAGCAUCCUGGAUACUGGUGUUAUCCGGGUGUGGAAAGUCGCUCCUUCACGGGGGCGUGGGCGGGCAGAUGCGUGAUUGCACACCUGGAUGGUUGUUGGGGGCCUUUUCGAAGGUCUCGGGCAUCGUCUCACCGGACGUGGCACCGCUGA